UUUAGCUUGGCACUCGGCCUACUGCAGCAGGACCAGAGUUCUGGAAAGAAGCUGGAUUAAAACUGGUCAACGUUAAUCACCCCUGGGCUACGGGGCCACGGAAAUUCCCUCGCCCAAAGGCUGCUGCUGAGCCCGAGCAAUGACUGGUGGUGGUAGAGAGUGAAUGGAUGUGGAAGAUGAGCGGAAGGCAGGAGGAGAGUUUGUGGCGGUGGGCUCAGUGACUCUCUCACCGCGGGGAUGGCGCAGGGGGGCCCUCAGCUGGACUACCAGAUCCUGCAGGACCUGAAGCAGCGCUUCCCUGAGAUCCCGGAGGGUGUGGUGUCUCAGUGCCUGCUGCAGAAUAACAACAACCUGGAUGUAUGCUGCCACCUGCUGGCUCAGGAGAGUAACAGGUAUCUGUAUGGGGAGUACCACAGCUCGGAGGAGGGGCGACUGAGCCGGAACCACAUGCUGCAUAUAAACCUGGGCUACCCACCUUCAGAGGGAGGCAACGCCAACGGGGUGGGGCGCACCCUGGUGCACAGCUCCAGUGAUGGACACAUUGAGCCUCAGAGGAGCGGGGCGGGCGCCAAGCAGCCCCAGAUGGUGUUCCCCGAGCCCCACUCCGCCCCUGCAGCCAUGGCCCCCUCCCCCGGGUACAACCCCUUCUUCAUGAACGAGCAAGGCCGGUCCGCCGGCACCCCUCCCCCGCACCCCGCCCCCACGUACUCCCCCGUCCCGCGCUACACCAUGAACCCCAUCACGGUCACCCUGUCCCAGAACAUUCCGCCCGCCCCCCAAGCCCUGCAGAUCCCGGGCUGUCCCUACGGCAACAGCGGAAACACCCUCUACAUCCGGCCCGCCCCUCCCCAAAGCCCGCAGCCCUCCCCCUGGUCCUCGCCGGUGGUGCCGGUGUACCAGCCCUCCCCGUACUCCUCUCCCUAUCCCUCCAAACAGAUGGCCCCCCAAACGGUCUACCACUCCCCCCCUCCCGCGCAGUUCCCCUCCCCCUACAGCUCGCCCCAGCACCAGAUCCAGCAGACCUCGCACGUCCUCCUACCCAUCAGCCCCCCUACCUACCAGCAGCAGCAGCAGGCCGUGUCCUACCUGCCCUACCUGAAGAACCAGAUGGAGAUCCCGCUGGAGGGGCCCCAGAGACCCCCAGCCCCCCGCCCACGCAGCAGCUCCCCCGCACCUGGCCAGCAGGGGGCGCAGCGGGGGCAGAGCUCCCUCUACAUCUCCACCAGCCCCUCCCCCAGCUCCCCGUCCCGGGGGAUCACCCUCACCGGGCCCCAGGGGACGUCCUUCCACCCGGGGAUGUACAUCCACCAGGGCCCCGCCCGGCCCCACCCGGCCUCCUCGCCUCAGCCGGGGAACUCCGCCUACACCUUUAAGAUCAAAGUGUCCCCCGGCAGGGCGCAGCGCCCCACGGAGUCCCCCACGGUGGAAACGGAGUCCAUCCUCAACAUGGUGGAUCAGGGGGACCACCCCGCCGCUCCCGCCCCCAUCUUGCCCAUCUCUGUGCUGCCCGGCAACAUCGCCAGCCAGAUCAACCACAUGCCGCGCCGGUCCAGCUCCGGCUCCGAUGACUACGCGUACACACAGGCGCUCCUGCUUCACCAGCGGGCCAGGAUGGAGCGUCUCGUGAAGGAGCUGCUCUUGGAGAGACAGAAGCUGGAGCAGCUGAAGAGUGAUGUCAACGACAUGGAGUAUGACCUUCUGCAGAGACGCUUCCACAGGGUCAACAGCUCCAGCCUCAUCCCCCGGCCUGAGGAAAUGACUCGAUUGCGCAGCCUGAACAGACAGCUCCAAAUCGAUAUUGACUGCACCUUGAAAGAGACUGACCUGCUCCAGUCCAGAGGGAAGUUUGACCCAAAAGCUAUGAGCAACUUUUAUGACAACAUCCAGCCAGGGCCUGUGGUCCCACCCAAGCCUGUGAAAAAAGACGCUAAACCCAGAGCGAGGCCCGUGCCCCAGGACGAGGAUUUCGAAGGGGUGCAGUGGAACUGCGAGAGCUGCACCUUCCUCAACCAUCCCGCCCUGAACCGCUGCGAGCAGUGCGAGAUGCCCCGCUACACCUGAGCCACGCCCCGCCACACCUGAACCGCACCCGACGCGAGGAAGACUCGGUGUGAUGGGCAGUGUGACUGCUCCCACCAUCUCCCACCAGAGACCCUGACCCUGUCUGUCCUUCACAUAUAGCCCAAACCCUCCCCUUUCCCCCUUCACAAAUGCACAAGUCCUACUCCCACAUCGUCAGAAAGCUUCCACGCCAGCAGGCAGUUUUCAGCUGUUUUUUUGUUUCUUUGAGUGUCAUUCCAUUAUAGUCAGUGCUGUUUUCCCACACUGCUCCUGCUGCUGCCUCGUGACCGUCUCCCCUGCUGCACGACUUCCCAGCUUGGUUUCGCUUCGUCACUCGGCGACUCCUGCUCUCGCAGAUUUAUUACCCUCCUCCGUCCUGCACACGCGCACCAAACCUCUCCUCCAUCCUUCCAGCACACGAACGUCAAACGCAUCUCUCCCACCCCGCACACCUGUCCUGAAUUUUGUCCACCCUUGACAUGUACCCCGGAACUCGUCUUCCCAUUUUGCACGUACAUAUACACUGAAAAAUCUCUCUUUCCUGAACGCAUACUCCCAACCCCUCUCUCCCUCCAGAGAGGAGCUACCUGAGUAAGUAUACAAGAGAAAAGGGCUGUAAAAGAGACAGGAAAGGCAGAGGGCUGACGGGGACGAGGCGUGUGGCUCACAGAGAAUGGGCCGCGACCUGAUUGGAUGUGGGCAUGAAUGACAGCGAAUGGACAGAGGCCUCAUGGGUAGUGGGUGUGGCUUACAGAGUUUGGACAGAGGCCUGAUGGGAGAA